AUGGCGAUCCGCAUCUCCCUAGGAUUUUCCGGCUUCGUGGCCCAUAACCUAGCCUCCUCUGCCAAUAUUCACAUUAGUGUCUUGGAUGUGGGGUUCAAUGUGGUUUUUAGCGACUUAAAGGCCCAGUUUGUAUUCAUUGUUUCAGGUUUGAUGCAAAAAAUUGUAGCUGUCAUUCUUCUGCUGCUGUUCCUCAGUCUGUUGUCCCUUCUUGUUUCAAUCUUUUGCUUUUAUUCAGAUUUGAGGAACAGUUUGUUGUUGCGUUGUUUAGCUCCUUCAAAUUCAGAGUUGAUCAAUGUUGGGCAGAAGCAAGAUGCAUUGCAAUCGCUUCAUGAUCUUAUUACAUCAAAGAGAUAUAGAGCAUGGCAGAAGCCACUUGAAAAAAUUAUGUUUAAAUAUGUGGAGCUUUGUGUUGACUUGUGCAAGGGUAGAUUUACCAAGGAUGGUCUGAUUCAGUACCGUAUUAUAUGUCAACAAGUAAAUGUCAGUUCCUUGGAAGAGGUGAUCAAGCACUUCAUGCAUCUGUCAACUGAGAAAGCUGAGCAGGCACGUACCCAGGCUCAAGCAUUAGAAGAAGCACUUGAUGUUGAUGACCUCGAAGCAGAUAAGAGGCCUGAAGAUCUAAUGCUGAGUUAUGUUAGUGGAGAGAAAGGAAAAGAUAGGUCUGAUCGUGAAGUUGUUACUCCUUGGUUCAAGUUUUUGUGGGAAACCUACAGAACAGUGCUUGAGAUCUUGCGCAACAACUCAAAGUUGGAGGCCCUUUAUGCGUUCGAGUCAGAAUUCUCAUUUAGUAUCCAAGGCUACUCGUUUGUGGGAGCAAAAGCUAAUGAGGGAGAGGGUCCAGAAAUUCUAAGAAGUGCGCAUGAAGGCAGUUCAAGUGGUCAUGCCGAGUCAUUAGCUGCAACACUAGCUGAACAUCAGCAGCACUUCCUUGUUGCUGAAUUAUUAAUUCCUGCGAGUGAGCUCUCACAGCACAUCAGUACUGCUGGCAUGGAGGCCAGUGGCACCAGCAACAUGAAGUUUGCAAUGAAUGGCUGCAUCCUAAUUGGGACUCUGGAUGGAGCCAAUGUUGAAAUAAGAGAGGAGGUUGGAGUAGAUAGCUUUUUCCUCUUUGGUGCUGAAGCUCAUGAGAUUGCUGGGCUGAGAAAAGAACGAGCUGAAGGGAAGUUUGUUCCAGACCCCCGUUUUGAAGAAGUCAAGGAAUUUGUCAGAAGUGGCGUUUUUGGGUCGUACAAUUAUGAUGACCUGAUCGGAUCCAGAACAAGGUUUGUUGUUUGA